GUACAUUGUAACACUGGACACAGAAGGAAAUAUAAUGGUGCUGUGUGGGGUGACAGGACUUACUGUCUGGGAGAGCACCAACGAGCUCUCAGUCUUCGACAUGACACUCCUCCAAAGUGACACUCAAUCAGCACAAUUCAUGUUUGUCCAUCAGAGUCCAGAUUCUGAAGGAUGUUUACUGCGCAUUAUGUCCUUCCCAGGUUUUACAAAAGUAUACGAGUUGAAUGUAAAUGAGAGUACCAGCCUGGUGCACACAGGUGAAGGAGCUGAGUCCAUAAUGUUUCUAGAGCCCGAUUUUGACUUUAUAACGCAUGCCACAUCUUGCCUGAAGGUGAAGAGCAUUGUGGAUGGAGUCCCUGAAGCAAGAUUAGCAAAGCUUUUGCGCAAGAGGAAAUUUGUAGAAGCUGAAGAAUUUUGCAAGAGGUUUGGGUUGGAUGUAGAAGAGGUUUAUAAAGCAAGAGCCAAAUAUGUGUGUGAACUGAUGAACCCCUGGAACACAUCAGCUGGAAAUGUAACAUUGGCUGAGCUGGAGGGGCAUGGCAGUUGGGCAGAUGAGUUGCUGGCAACUUUAGGGAAGAUUCGAGAUGCAGAAUUUGUUACUGUCCUUUGUGUGGAAGCUGCUCUUCCAGAUAUCAUUACAACAAAGAAGAUUUUGAAUUAUGCCAAAGAAAGACUUGCAAACACAACAAAGUCAGAGGAAGGGGAUCAGCUGAGUACCUUAAUGCAGAAAGUGAGUGAGAGCACAUAUAGACUCAGAACAUUUGAAACCAUUUUCCCCUCUUCGGACAUUCAGCAUUGGCUAGCUUUCUCACAUACAAACAUGCUGGAAGAAUUCAUGGAGCAUUUAAGUCGGGGUAACUUGGAUGUCGCAUCAACAGUGUGGCAUAGACAUCUGUAUGAGUUCAGUCACCUCAUAGAUCAAGAAUGUGUGCAGCAGAUUCUAACAGCCUUUCCACAUAGUAUACCAUCAGCAGACCUCUGUAACUGGUUGCCAAGAAAUGUGUUAUCUGACCUAGUGAGACUGUGUCCAAGCUCCAUGGAGAUAAUAGCUUGUUGGGGAGAUGGUCGAGUCAAGAGCCUUGAAGUAGUUGAAAAAGCAGCUUGGCCUGCCAAUGGUCUUGCUUUAGCCAAUACAAUCAUCUCUGUUUUAGAGAAUGUGGCUGCAGAUUUUCAAGCAGGUGGAAAUAUUGAAGUCCAAAUGGCUGUCUUGGUGGCCCAAUGGAAGGCACACUCACCUUCCUCAGCCCUUUACCAUCUCCGUCAAACUGCUCUUGCUCUUCAGGACCUGAAGCUUCUAGCAGAGGAGUUCAGGAUCAAGAUUGAAUUUAAUCAGUAUACACAGGAAAAUAAAGAAGAAGUUGUAGCUGCACUGUUGGAUUGGCUUGUGUGUGGCGAAGAAGUUGCCCCACUGAUGAAAGGCUUUUUGCGCUCUUACUUGGUCAGGUAUGAGCUUGACUGCGAUGGCACGCUUGCUCGUUAUGUGUUGGAAACCCUGGCCACUGCGGACCAGGACUGGUGGUCAUGGCAGGAAGCUCCAUGGGAAGACAAGCUCUAUGCAGUUAUCCAUGUUAUUUCUGAUGCUCAGGUCCGUGCACAAUGCAUAGUAGAAUGCAUUCAUGUUGCACCUGUGCCUUGGAGUGAAGGAACAGAAGAGAUGUUUAAACUAGGUCUGACUCUUAACACAUCCUUAAGUUCACAACUCGAGGACCAACGACGGUUUGUAGGGCUAAAGCUAGUCUUGCGAAGAUAUUCCCUACAUUUGACCAACAUCAGUGACCCAAGAAAUGCUGAGAUGAUGCUCCGAAAUAUUCUCUCUCAAGAAGGGGAUACAGUAUUGGAAGAUGCGUUACAAGUUAUCAACACAUACAAACACCUGACUCGCAUUGAUGCCUACUUCUAUAGGAUUAUACAUUUCCUUGUAACCAGCAAUAUUGAUGCAGCAAAGUCACUGCUUCAGGGUUUAGAUGACACCUUGCAGAGGCAGACCAGCCAGAAGCUAAUUGCCUAUGCUAUCCAGUACCUCAUGUGCCCGUGCAGAGGACAGAAGGGUCAGGAUCGCUGUAAGGCAAUAACUGGCGGUGUUUUGGCUUUGGAAGCAAUUUUGAAGAAGUGGUAUAAAAAAAAUGGUACACUAACAGAUGACAAACUUUUUGCAACCAUCCACAAUGUGCACACAUUGCAAAUUCAUUAUGAGAUCUACCCAACUCUAAGAGAACUAGAGGAUUCUAGAUGCUGCAAAAAACUGUUCAGCAAUCAUGUGACUUGCUGGUACCAAGAGCGCAUACAGGAAGCAGAACCCCAGCAGGAGCCAUCACCCAACCAAACCAAGUCAGAUGUCUCCACUGUGGGCAAGGGCUUGGUUAGAGUACCAUGCUCUGAACCAUUAAACCAGGAAAACAAAAAUGUAGAAAGCAACCAAGAAGGGCAGAUACCAUGGAAGGGUAUAGACCAUUUGCACCGCUUGGCCUCCCUGCUGAAGGUGCCAAGAGGGGAACUGCUCUCACUUCUUGCUUCACUCGCUGCCAAAGCUGGAAGGCUGAAGGAGGCUGUGGAUAUUUGCAGGCUAAUCAUAGAUGACCCAGGCCGGGUAGACUGCACAAGUGUUGUAUAUGAAGUAGUACAUUUGGUUGUAGAAAAUCAGCAACUCCAGCAAGAUGGCUCUGAUAGAUCGACAUUUGCUCUGAACUCUACAGCUCAGUUGGAGAAAAGCGCGAGUAUCAAAUCACGUGCUGAAAUAAUUGACGUUAUCCAUGACCUUGUGUGUUCAGCCCUCACAACUGCUCAUCCUGAUUUACUGCAGCCACUCCUAGAACUUGGUUUGUGGUGUUCCUUAGGACACACUUUGUACACCCAGUGCCACAUGGAAGGCGUGUACACACAAGCAGAUUCAGGAGAAAGCAGUAAUCCUUAUGUUACAUGGAAGUUCAGUGCUGUAUUCAAUGAUGCCAGCAUGCCCAUUGAAGAGCGAUUAGUUACAUCAGUUGUAUCUAAUGCAAUUAAUGUCUGUUUAGAGUCUCAUGAGACAGGUUCAACAGCCAACUUCCUGCCAUACCAAGUCAAUUCAGAUAAUAUUAAUGGUGCAAUAAAGAGCCAAAAUGUCAGCAAUUUACUAAUGGAUCUUAUUAGUCAUUUACGAGACAGAGGACAAGACUUGCUAGCAUUAUCAAUUACUUUACUAAUGGCUCAAGGAAAAGCAUCAGUUGAGAAGUCUCCAAAUAUUGUAGGACCUCCUUCGUGGAAUCAGAUCUUCACUUUACUUUUAAAGGUGAUUGGUUCUAAAAGACCUGAUGUUACACUGGCUGUCAGUUUGCUGACAUUGCUUACCACCAAAAAAGAACCACUCAAGGUAUUGAAUGAACUUAUUAAAAGAUUUGGUUAUGAUUACACACGUCUGCAAUCUGUUGCCACUGUAGGGAAAGACUUCUGCACUUUGUAUGGCCUUAAAGAAGCUGGGGAUCAAUUCAGUCAGCUGCAUAAGAGAGCCACAUGGGGAAAGCGCUUGGCUGAUUUAAAUGUGUCAUUCAAAGAAGCUUUUAAGGGAGAUCCUAUUGCUCUACAGAAAGUUAUAGGAGUGCUUGUGGCUCACCCAAAUUGUACCUUCUCCAUCUUGAGUGAUUACUGUAUAGACUUUAACCUGCACAUUGCUGAUGCUCUGCUGGUAUAUAUGAAGUCUGCACUCCACUCUUGGUCUCCUGAAUGCCCUGCAGAAGAAAUUCGUCCUGGUUCAAUAAUCAAGAUUGAAUCUCCUCGGGCUCUACUCUUAAAAUGUCAGGCCAUAAUAGCAGAACUUAAAAAUAAGACCCUCUUACAUCAGUUGUUGCUAUCUGAAUUAGACUUGCUCAGCCCCUACAACUAUGAGCUCCUUGACCUUGUCCUACAGCAAACCUUGAUACUAGAAGAUGAUGUAGGCCAAAUUGAUGUACUGAAACGAGGGUUAGAUAUGUUAAAUUUCUUAAAAGUGUAUCCUAGGAAGUCAUCUCCUGGGAACAGUGAGAUUGAUGACUGGGUGCGUGCUCAUCCCCAGAGCCUAGGUCCUCCGCCAAUAUCCAAAUAUCGCCUGCCAUUCCAUGAUUUCUUCAGGCGCAAAAAUGUUAUGAAGAUUGUUGAACCAGAAAUGGAUAUAACAACUGUGGACAUCUGGCUCCGUGCUGCUUCCACUAUGAAGCUUAGCUCUGACAGGUUGUGCAUGCUAGCCACACAAAACACAGUUUCUCGCACACUGGAACAGGAGGCAUCAGAUUCUGCCAAUAGCAAGAGCACUGCCUGGCAAGUAUGUAGCAACAAUAGUGCAUUGUUGACACGAAUCCGCCUGGUGAUAAGCAAAAUUCAGUGUGAGGAACUGGCAACUGCAUGUGCUAACUGGGUUGUCAACAGACUUCCACCAGGAGCUGACAAGGUAGAAGCAGCAGAAAAAUGCAAGCUCUUGGCUGAGCAAUGGAAGGAUAGCACUAGUGAUGGAAAGGCAGUAGAUGCUUUCACACGAAUGUCAGCCCGUCAUCAGCAGUUGGCCAUAGAACACACCCUUCACAAGUAUGGCCUGGCUGAACCUCAGUACCUUUCUUUAACACGCACACCAGUGGACCUUGUAUUUGCUCUAUACCAGCACCCCUGCCUGGAUUCUCUGGCAACAUUGAGUACACAUUCCAUGCCAGAUAUAAAUUGCUGUGUAUCAGAGAUAUGCACUGUUGCUGGAUGCCACCAGUCAUCCAUUCAGCUGGACUUGCUGGAGAAGUGGCUCCCUCCCCCUGAAAUGGGUGAAGGAAUUGGAACAGAGGAGACCGUCACUAACUUUAAGAUUACCCUUGACCCAGGAUCUGUAUCAGAGGAUGACCCAACAGACGAUGCUUCUCUCUCCAGGGUUAUUUAUGUUCUUCGCUGUUGUCCUCAAAAUGAAGCCGUGAGUUACCUGCUGAAUCGUGCUUUGAGUGAUGAUACUAGUGUGUCUGCUGCUCAUCGCCUGCGGGCUCUCCGUUGCCUCCUGGCUAUUGCUGAAGAGGAAACUAUUCAGAAAUUCUGCACAAAAGGGGUUACCUCCAUCAGAUCCUUCCUUCAAACUAUUACAUAUGUGAGCCGUCUGGAGAGCUUAGGUCAUGCUACAAGUGUACAGCAGUUCAACAGCAUGGACAAAAAUGCUUUGGUAGAGGGACUUUGGCGCUCACAACGGCAUAAUCCACAAGCACUGACAUUGUUGACUGACCUUUGUCGUGACUAUCAGGUAACAACAGCAUCACUCUGGGGUGCUGUUCUGACACAACUUACAAAUUUCAUUAAGUCAGGCCAGCUAGACAUUACUACACUAGAGAGAGUGCUUCUGCAGGUGAAGAGUCUGCCUCAUCUUUGGGUUGUGCCAGCUCUUACAACUGCCUGGACAACCCUGAUCAAUUAUCCAUUUACAAAAGCUACGUCUCCAGUGGAUGAAACCAGCCUUGCUUCCUGUGUCCACAGCAUUGACUUGUUGUUGAGACACUGUCCUGUUGUGGUAUCCACAGCCCCUCUCCUAAAGCACUGUGUUUCACUGGAUCUUCCAGCUCUGGGAUUGGCUAUUGCUGCUGCUGAUCAAGUUGAAUGCCAUGACUUACAGGCUAUGAUUAAUAAAACCUCCCCUGAAAAGUUGAAGACCCAGUAUGAAAAACUGAAGCAAUCGUUUGCCUUUCCAAGGAAUGUGGAGGACUUGCUUAGUGACCUGUAAAGAACCUAGCAGUCAGUCUUCACACAAACUUCAGGAGACUAAGCAAUGCAAGCAAGGCAUCUGUUUCUUUCAUAGCAUCUGGUUUGAAAUGCCUAAAAGUGAAAAGAAUAAUUUUACUUAGGUGUAUUACCAGAACUUUUCCACAAUAUAUAUAUAUAUUCCUAUCCAGAAGAUUGUACUCUAGUUUAGAUUAUUGCUUUGGCACUCUGGCGCACUAAUUUGUAUUAAGGAUUAUGUAGUCCUGUGUCAUCUUUCCUGGAAGUUCAUUCUCAUUUCCUCCUUCAUGAUCUGUCAUCCUUCUUUGACAGACUAAUAUCUGUCAUUGGUUUUCUUAUUUCAAACUAUUUUCAUUUGUUUUCAUUUAUGACUACCAUCAUUUCAUAUUCAAUAUCUAGACCCUCUUCCAUUCUGAAAGAUGAUAAAUAUAACACAAGACAGAGAGAAUUCCAUGGGCAUUUUGAUAUUGUUUAUAUCAGAAUGACUUUAGAAGAAAAAUGACAGCUCAUAUUGUUAUUGUCUGUCACAAAAAAUAUAUAACAUUUAUGAUCUAUGGGAAAAAUAUGAUUGACCUUUAUUUAACAAUUUCUUAUACUUCCUCUAAUUAUAUAGCAAUAAAUUA